UCGGGAAUUCGUCUCGGGGUAAUAACGGCCCGAGGGUGUGGCUCCUCCCGCAAUGGGUCCCAAUAGAACUAACUAGUUAAAAUCUUCAAAUCCCCGUUUGAUUAACUCGUUGUCAAGUUCAAGACCAUUGUAAAACAUGUGUAAUCUUUUUACGUUACUACACUCCAGUGGGCGUUACAUGAAAUCCUGUAAACCAUUGAAGUACUGUGUCGGAUAUUGCUGCCUUCGGAGUAGUGACGACAGUUUUUGCCUUCAUGUCAUUGGCUUUGUGGCUGUUCACGAGAAUCUACGUGGUUCUAAAUGGAAUGGAGGUGGGGGAUGAUUACCUAGUCUUUAUCUCGAUGGCUAUUUUAAUUGCUUUCUUUGGCUUCACCCUAAAUUAUCGUUUUAGGAAUGACAUUGCCAUACUCCUCUGCCGUCUCGUUCACCCAGUUGUCUACCUUCGUCUCUCACCUGAGACUCUGACGAGGAUGGUCAUUCCGUUUGGAUGUUUACGGCCUGGUUGGAAUAGUCAGCUGAUACAGGGUAAUCCAUACUACACUGCAAUGCGAGUUGAGUCUCACUUGGAGUUGCGUCCCGUUGAUGGUGUCCAUGCUGGCGCUAAGUAUCGCCAGUUUCUUGAUUGGCAUAUGCUUUUGCUCAUCCCUAUCCACGCUAUCGUCCCACCACAUAUGCAAGUCAGACAAGAAGACAUCAUUGGUAGUGUUUGGGACUACCUCGAGAUCCAUUCCGGAAUCAUUUGUGCCUUCGUCCCAGCUCUCAACCCGCUUGUCACACUACCUGCCGUCGAUCAUGCCAUCGCAUCAGAGGUUAUGCAAGAAGCCUAGCUUUCCCUUUCGUUACUCCGCAGGUACAAAUAGUCAACCACAUUGAGUCGACACCCAACAGUCUCUCGAGUCGCACAGCCGUGACAACCUUUCAGACCAGGCUGCUGAGGAUGAAAGAGAAUUUUGGAAUAAGGGCGCUACAAAUAUAACGACUCAAGCUGGCAGCCAUGGAGGGUUGGAUGAUGACUUGGGACAUCUGUCAACCUCAUCAGCUUGGGGAAUAUGCCAAAUCCGGAGUUUAGGUGGAUUAGUCUUACAAAGGAGACCAAGGCUGUGUACAGUUUGUGAAACCUCAAUGUUUUCAAGCCAGUACAUCGUAAUGCGUGUCGACUCUACAUUAGGUUCUUGGAUUCGGAGGUGGCGGUGAGCAUUCGCAAAAGAACUUCGGACUGAAAUAGGGACAAGUGUAAGUUGAAAUUGACAUAACUGGAAGAUUAGGGUUAGCUUUCGAAACCAUCCACCACAUAAUCAGAUAGUCAAU